UUGGGGGAUUGUAGUGAAUUACAAUUAUAUAAGAUGUAAAAUUAGAUUUGUAACAAAUUUUAUUUAUUUUUUUAUUUUUUUAAAGUCAGAGAGUUACAAGUAAAUAAACAAGCGAGUAGUUGGCGUAGAAGCACGAGGCCUUGGUGGUACCGUCAACUUGGGAUAGGUAGUUACGUUUCUCCCCUAAUAUAUUGUAACACAACUAUAAUACUUAUAUACUGGUAUAUAAACUCACACACCAAAAAACAAAGAGCUCAUAAUUCAACUUCAAUAAUUCUAGUACAAAAAUUAUGUUCAAUACAAUCAUAGUGUAUUAAUAAUUUAAUCACUACAAAAAUGGCAGAAAGGCCUAAAACUUUGACAGCAUUAGAAGGCGAGAAAACUCUAAACCCAAGCUUCGUAAGAGACGAAGAUGAGCGUCCUAAGGUGGCGUAUAACGUUUUUAGCCACGAUAUUCCCGUCAUAUCUCUCGCCGGCAUCGAUUCUGAUGGCGAAGAUCAAGUCAAGAGAGCCUCUAUUUGUCGCAAGAUUGUGGAAGCGUUCGAAGAAUGGGGUAUUUUUCAAAUUGUGGAUCAUGGUAUUGAAGGUGAUCUUAUUGCGGAUAUGACUCGUUUGGCUAGGGAAUUCUUUGCUCUUCCUCCUGAAGAGAAGCUUCGCUUUGAUAUGUCUGGUGGUAAAAAGGGUGGUUUUAUUGUUUCUAGUCAUCUUCAGGGAGAGGCAGUACAAGACUGGAGGGAAAUGGUAGCUUACUUCUCAUACCCUAUCAAGAGUAGAGACUACUCGAGAUGGCCUGACAAGCCCGAAGGGUGGAGGAAUGUGACAGAACAGUACAGUGAGAAGUUGAUGGGUUUAGCCUGCAAGCUCCUUGGGGUGUUAUCUGAGGCCAUGGGUCUUGAGGCUGAGGCCCUCACUAAGGCCUGUGUCGAUAUGGACCAGAAAAUUGUGGUGAAUUACUACCCCAAGUGCCCACAGCCUGACCUUACUCUUGGGCUCAAACGCCACACUGACCCUGGUACCAUCACCCUCCUCCUUCAAGAUGAUGUAGGCGGUCUGCAGGCUACUCGUGAUGGUGGUAAGACUUGGAUCACUGUUGAGCCGAUUCCUGGUGCCUUUGUGGUCAACCUUGGUGACCAUGGUCAUUAUUUGAGCAAUGGGAGAUUCAAGAAUGCAGACCACCAGGCUGUGGUGAACUCAGACCGUAGCAGGUUGUCAAUAGCAACUUUCCAGAAUCCAGCCCCAGAGGCGAUAGUAUACCCAUUGGCUAUAAGAGAAGGAGAAAAGCCGAUUCUAGAAGAGCCCAUCACUUUUGCAGAGAUGUACAGGAAGAAGAUGGGCAAGGACCUUGAACUUGCACGCCUUAAGAAGCUCGCUAAGGAGCAGCAGUCAAAGGUAGAAGAGCUAGAGAAAACCAAGUUUGAGUCCAAACCAAUUGAAGAGAUCCUUGCUUAAUAAACUCAACCUGAGGCUAAGGUUGUGGUAGUGAAAAUGACAGUAUAUCUGCAAAUUUGUGUUUUCUUGAUUUAGUAUAAAUGUCAUGUGUAUCCUAGUUUUGGUUAAUAUUCAUUAGUCUGCUGAUUAAUGGUGAGAAUAAAAUUGUAAUGUACUCAACAAGUUUAAAUCAUAUUUAUGUAUUAUCGAGUUCACAAGAUCA